UUUUUAAAGAUUUUUGAUAAACUAUGGCACGCCAGACCUAGAGAGAGGCGGCUACGACUUUGAAAGUUCUACCCACUUUCCAUCAGAGGAAGACCCGCUCAUCUCAUUUAAAACAACUCCAUCCAUCGAAACCUCUCCAAGUUGUUAUUAACACAGAAUUGUCGUAAGAUUUAUAACAACUUCGUUGAGACGUAACAUAGGAAAUUAAACUACCGAUCACCAAAUAAUAUUCUCAUAUAUCUCUUCAUCUCCUUCCUCCCUUUCUUCUUCAAAGGAAGCCUCAUACAUCAAGAAUGAUGAAGUUCAAUGAUUUCAAGCCUCUCAUCUGUUUUCUUCUCGGAGCAGCAGCCGCUGCCGUGUGCAUACUAUCAUACCUAUCGAUGCAUCAAGUUGCAGGGAUAGAAGGGCUACGAGUCUGGAGUUUCGGAGCUAAGACUACAGAACAUCGAGAAUUGGCCAGGGUGUUGAAAGAUGCAGCGAUGAAUGAUAGUACAGUUAUACUCACCACACUAAAUGAAGCAUGGGCGGCGCCAAACUCUAUCCUUGACCUUUUUCUAGAGAGUUUCCACCUUGGUGAACAAACAGAGCAACUUCUGAAGUAUUUGGUUAUCGUAGCCAUGGAUCCAAAGGCAUUUGAGCGAUGCCGGACAAAGCACUCUCAUUGCUAUUACCUCAACAUCGAAGGCAUGAAUUUUGCUGCUGAGAAGAGAUUCAUGACCCCAGACUACCUGGAGAUGAUGUGGAGGAGGCUUGAGUUCCUAGGAACUGUUUUGGAGCUGGGAUACAACUUCCUUUUCACGGACAUGGAUAUCAUGUGGUUCAGAAGUCCUUUCCAACACUUCUCCGGCGAUGCUCAUUUUAUGAUAGCUAGUGAUUUUUUCUAUGGGAAUUCUUCUGAUCUACACAAUUUGCCCAAUAAUGGAUUUGUCUAUGUGAAGUCUUGCGAACAAACAAUUGAAUUUUACAAGUACUGGUACCUUGCUCGGAAACUGUAUCCAGGGAAAAAUGAACAAACGGUAUUGAACAAAAUGAAAAAGGACAAAAAUUUUUUCGCCAAGUUCCAACUAGAGAUGAGAUUUCUGGACACAGCUUACUUUGGUGGGUUUUGUCAACCUAGCAAGAACCUAAACAAGGUCUGCACAAUGCAUGCAAACUGCUGCGUCGGUAUUGGAAACAAACUCCAUGACCUGAGAAUUCUCCUUGAGGACUGGAAAAACUACACAGCUCUACCAGCAGAUGAGAAAGAACGGGGAGGGAUUGCGUGGAGAGUUCCAGAUAAAUGUAAGUCUCCAUAAAAAACCCAGGGGUCUUGAAUUGGUUUGUGCGGCUCCCAUGAAAUGUAACUAGUAAGCAUGCUUUUUCCUUCGAGCAGCUUUAUUGUUUCCCGACUCUCGAAGCUCCAUAAAAACAUUCAUAUAACAAAAGGAAAAGCUUCGAAGAGAAAGAUGUUCCAAUAGUUUGUAAGCUUAUCCUUUGUAUACCAUGUGAUGGCUUACUAAGAUGAACUGUACAUCUUGUUCUUUGAUUAUUCUUCUACACAACUGAACCAUGUUGUAUUUCAUUAAAAUACCAUAUCUAAUGAGUUACACAAUUCUCAUUUCCAGCA